AUGAGAGAGAGUGACAAGAGGAGAAAAGGUGGAUGGUGGGGUUUCAAUCCGUCCGGGUAUCAGGAGAAGGAAUCUUUUCGAUGGAGACUGAGUUUGCACUUAGUUUUUGUUGGCAAUAUCAGCGAGGGUAUUACAAGGAAGGAUCUAUGGGACAAGUUCAAUGAUUUUGGUAUAGUAGUGGAUGUUUUUAUGCCUCCGAGAAGGAAAGGUGGGUCGAGAAGUUUUGCGUUCAUCAGAUAUAGAUUUCAAGAUGAGUUGAUCAGAGCUGUUCAAAGAGGCAAUGGCAUGAAAUUUGGAGGGAUGGCCUUGGUGGUUCCUAAAGCGACAGUAAGGAAACUUGAUAGAGAGUCUCAUGGAAGAAUUAGUUGGGAAAGAAACAAGGUCAGGGUCAGGUCAGAUUCUGGCAGAUUUGGAAAGUCGGAGAAUGACAGAGUUCAGAAGUCUCACUGGAAGGAGAAACCUCAGCAUGAGAAAAGAGAUAAUGCUAUUAUUGCUGUUAGAGGUAAUAAUAGUGGAACCACUAAAGAAUCGAAAGAGCCUGAUAUUCAGCAACCUGAUGGUAGUACUCCUAUGCAAGUUUUACAGCCAGAUACUGUGAUUAAUAAAGUUGCAGAUGUCAAUGAGGAAAUGGUUCUUAUUAGUACUUAUGGGAAUAUGUCGGAGGUGAUUACAGCAAUUCAGAGCUUUGAGUUCCAGGUGAAGGUGGCUGAAAUCAGUAAUGUCAUGUUACUUCUAAUUGUUAAUAAGGAAGCUUUAGUGGAUGAUUGUAUUAAGGCAGUGAAUGGACUUAAUCUUGAUUGCUUCAUUGAGUUCAUGAGUAUUGAUGAAAGUACCAAGAGCAGGAAUUCCUUUAAACAAGCUAGAGUGCAGACUGCCUUAUCAAGUGUUUGUGAUGUCCCAAAGAUUAUCACAGGUGAAUCAGCUGGUAUAAAAUUCAGAAUUCGGGUUUCGUUAGAGAAGGUUGACAGAGGUGAGUGGGAUUGUAGCGGUUUUCCGGUGCCGUCGAAGGGUCAGAGCAUUAAUCAUGACGACGAGCUUGUGUUGGUUCCUAAUUCAGCAUUUAUUGAUGCCUCUCUGUAUGAUAAGGAUGACUUUGGUUUUGAAGAAAAUAAUGAUGAUUGCCGCAUAAGAAUUACUCCCGAGGAUAUUGUUGGGGAGAGUUUGACUGUUAGUAGGGAAGGUGCCGGCAGGAGAGAUUUAUUGCACUCAAAUUUUGUCGUCGACUCUUUGGAAAGGGAAGAUGAAUUUGUUCCAAAUUCAAAUUCAUUUAUCGAGCAUCAUGUGUCUGAGCCAGAAGCCCAUUUUAAUCACUCUGGGUCUACUUCCACUAGGCCCAGCCUAGGUGUUAGAAGUCUGAGUGGGUUAAAGGGUGUUGUGGAUGAUUUUAAUUUUACAAAAGGAUUAGGAAGAAAAGAGAAGAGAAGAGCCGUUAGGUCUUUGAUUGCCCGGUGCCAGGCCAAUUUGGUGAUGCUUCAAGAAUCAAAAUUGGAUUCAGUUAAUUUGAGGUUAAUUAAAUCGAUGUGGGGUAGAGAUAAAUUCCAAUAUAGAGUUGCGGAGGCUAUUGGCUCUGCUGGGGGACUUAUAUCUAUAUGGGAUGAGGAUUUUUUUAGUGUGGAGCUUGCGGUGGUAGAUUCGAGAUAUAUAAUAUGUAUUGGUACUCUGCUGCAAAACGGAUUUCGUUGUGCUAUUGGUAUUGUCUAUGCUCCGAAUGAUGAAGAUGGUAGGCUGAAUGUCUGGAGAGAAACUAGAGACCUUAAAGCUCAAUUUGAUGUCCCCUGGAUCCUUGGAGGUGACUUUAAUGCGGUUUUGAGAAGGGAGGAGAGGCUUGGCGCUUCAGGGAAUAUUCAAGGUGUGGAGUCUUUUUCUGAGUUUAUUGGUUAUAUGCAACUCGUGGAUUUACCUCUGAUUGGUGCUAAAUAUACUUCGGCAAAUACUAGAGAUUUGCCAUUGUUUAUCAGAUUGGAUCAUUUUUUAGUCAGCUCUGAGAUCUUGUUGAGUUUUCCUGACAUCAAACAGAAGGCAAAACCAAAGUCCCUUUCUGACCACAAUCGAAUUUUAUUGCUUGUGGAAAAUCAGAAUUGGGGCUCUAAGCCUUUUAAAUUUUUUAACUACUGGCUGGAACUUGAUGGCUUCCAAAAAACGUUUGACAGUGCUUGGAAAAGUUUAAAUGGUGGUUAUGAUAAUUAUCAGAGACUCAGAUUGUUAAAACCAAAAAUUAAAGAAUGGUUUAAUGAGUUUGGAAGAGUUGAUCUUAGAAGAAUUGAAGAACUUGAAGAGGAGAUUAAUAGUUUGGAAUUGGAGAUACAAGUGCAGCAUGGGAGCAAUGUAACUGAGCUCAGAAGAGUUAUUUUAGCCAAGAAAAAUGACCUUUGGAAUUUGUACAGAAUGGUUGAGAGGUCAUGGCAGCAAAAAGCGGUUGAGAGGUCAUGGCAGCAAAAAGCUAGAAUGCAGUGGCUUAAGGAGGGUGAUAAAAACACCAAGUUCUUUCACUUGGUUGCCUCUAACAGAGCCCGUAGGAAUCGCAUUGACUCUAUUGAGAUUGAUGGUUUGGUAAUUGAGAAACCUGAGGACGUGAAAGAAGGUAUUUCAAGUUUCUUUGAAAAGUUUUAUAAUACCAAAACUGCUGUUAGGGUUGCUGAUAUUGAUUGUAACUUUAAAAGAUCAAGUGAAGAGAGGGCUGAUUGGCUUGAGAGAGUUAUGUCGGCGGAAGAAGUGUAUGAAGCUAUUUGUGAGUGUGAUGGUACCAAGGCUCCAGGCCCGGAUGGGUUUAAUUUUUUUUUCAUAAAAAAGCAGUGGGAAACGCUUAAAGGUAGUGUGAUGGAAUUUAUCAAUGAUUUUUGCAGUGGAGCUAAUUUUAACACCAAUGUUAACAAUUCUUUCAUUACUUUGGUGCCUAAAUGUAAUGGGGCGGUGAAGAUUGAACAAUUUAGACCUAUAAGCUUGGUGGGCUGUCUAUAUAAGAUCCUUGCUAAGGUGCUCUCAAGAAGGCUAAAAAGUGUUAUGCAAGAUGUUAUAGGGGAGUUUCAAUUUGCUUUUACUCAAGGGAGACAGAUUUUAGAUUGUUCGCUUAUUGCUAAUGAGAUAGUUGACUCUAUGAAGAAAAGCAAGGAAGGUGUGCUUGUGAAUGGCUCAGCUGAAAGGAAAUUCUCUCCUGCUAGAGGUCUUCGACAGGGAUGUCAUUUGUCUCCCUUUCUCUUUAAUUUGGUUGGUGAGUUCCUUAGUUUACUGUUAUCUAAAGCUGUUGAUAUCGGGUUGUUUUCUGGUUUUCAGGUAGGAAGGGUGGCUAUUUCUCAUCUCCAAUAUGCUGAUGAUACUCUAAUUACUUUUACUAUCAAACAACAACUGGACAGAAUUGUGAGAAGAUUUCUGUGGUCUAGUAAUAGUGAGGGGAGGAAGAUUCAUUUCAUUGAUUGGGACUCGAUCUGCAAGUAUAAAGAUCAAGGUGGAUUGGGAAUCAUUGAUCUCGAUAUUAUGAAUCAAGCUCUCCUAAAUAAGUGGUUAUGGAGAUUUGGUAAUGAGCAAGGCAGUCUCUGGCAGAGAAUCAUUGUGGAGAAAAAUGGUUGUUCUAAUAGUGCUCUUAUUCCUGCUGGCAGUAAUAGAAAUGGUUCUGCAGCUUCUGCUUUGUGGAAAUCUAUUUUGAAGCCUGGGAAUGAUGGGUUAUCUUCAAUGAAUAAAAUACCGUCCGUGACCGGUCGGUUCAACCGGGAACCGGUGCCCAGUCCGGUACUGGAUGGUAUGGCUAUCUCCAUUGGUUAUGGUAUUAAAGUUGACUUCUGGAAAGAUGAAUGGGUGGAAGGAAUUAUUUUAAAGGAGUCAUUCCCUCGGAUUUACGCCCUUGUUUUAGUUAAAAAUGGAUCUGCUGCUGAUUUUGGAUCCUUUGUUGACGAUGAAUGGAGAUGGGUGGUUAUUAGGAAAAGACUGGCUGUAAAGUUUGAGCUAAACAAAAGAGGCUUAAUCUCUUUUGAAUCUUCUUUGUGUGAAAAAGAAGUAGAGAAUGUUGAGCAUCUGUUUUUCACCUGCAUUUGUUCCUGGAAUAUCUGGAUGGCAUGCUGUAGGUUAUGGGGCAUUCGCUGGGUUGUACCAGUGGAUCCAACAACUUUCUUUUUGUCCUGGUAUUAUGCUAUUGAUGAUUUCAGCAAAGUGAAUGUUUGGAGAUUGAUCUUCUUUGUGGUCAUAUGGUCCCUUUGGCUUACCAGAAACGAUAUGGUCUUUAACAACAAACACUUUGAUGCCUUACAAUUGUUUGAUCUUAUUAAAUUGAGGCUUUCUUGGUGGGUGAAGGCUGCUUGGCCCGAUUCUAAUCUCUCUUUUGAGAACUUGUUUCGUUUUCCAGAUGUUGCUGUUGUCAAACAUAAUAAGGCAAAGGUUCCAAGGUGUUUGACUUGGGAGAGGCCUACUUCUGGCUUUUUAAAGUUCAAUGUAGAUGGAGCAUCAAAAGGGAAGCCGGGUCCUGCCGGGAUUGGCGGCAUCUUGAGAGAUGAGAAUGGGAGAGUUUGCAUGGAAUUUUCUAAGUCUACUGGUAUAAUGGAGUUGAAUGAGGAUAAGGUGUGUGCUAUCAGAGAAGGGCUGUUGGUUUUUUGUGCAUCUAGGUGGGUUGAAUCACAUGGGUUAAUUGUGGAGAGUGAUUCUUCUAUUGCAGUUAAGUGGGUGGAAAAUCCUGAUGAGUCUCCUUGGAGGCUUAGGAAAUGGAUUAACCACAUAUGUUUGUUGAAAAGAAAUUUCUCCUCUUUUAAGGUUUGCCACAUUUUUAGAGAAGCCAAUCAUGAUGCAGAUGUUUUAGCUAAGGAAGGGAUUGAUCGUGAGGCUCCCUAUGUUAGAUUGUUUGGCUGA